AAAAUGAUUGGGAUAUAAUGUUAUAAAAUGUACUAUUCAAUUGAAUAAAAAUGUAUACAAGUCAUUUUAUUCAUUGAAUGAAUUGAUUUCUAUAUCAGUAAAGUUAUUUAUUUUAAUUUAAUUUUGAAAUGAAAUGAAAUAAACCGAAAAUAUCAAAAAUAUUAGUUUUAAAGAUAAAUAACUUCAAUUAAUUUUUUUACAAAAUGGAUAAUAUAAAAUAUGAGGUACCUGGUGGUAUUGAUUCGAUUAUGCCUAAUAUCAAAAUGGAUUUAUUAAGUUACAUUAACUGCAUAGAAGAUUUACCAUUAUACAAAGGAGAAUCAAAUCUACCAAAGAGAAAUAUCAAUUUUAAGUCAUUAUAUGCAGAUAGUAGUUUAAAUGUUAACCCAACUGAAUUAAUUCCUAAUAGAGAUCUUAAAACUGGAAAAAUUAUACAAUAUGAAGAAGUUGUUUAUGAUCCAAAUUAUGAAAAUGAUAUAGAUUCUAUGCCUUGUGAAAAAUUAGUGAAAAAUCAAUCUUUCAAAGAUUGUACGAUAGAAAUAAAUUUGGAUUAUGAUGCAUAUAAUUUACCAGUAGCACCUAGUAUGUCUAAAAAAUUGGAUGUAAAAAAGAGUGAUAAAAAUAGUUCUUUUGUGUCUCCUGUUAAUGAUAUGAUAUUUAAUGAUGAAUGGAAUGAAGAUUUUCAAGGAAUUUGGGAUGAAGAAAUACCUUGCAUAACGGAGGACAUACAGCCAGUUGAAUCUUUUGAAGAAAUCAAUCAUAUUAAAAAUGAUAAUAUAAUUUUGAAAAUAUCUGGAAAUUAUGAAAGAUCACUUGUAAAAUCUCAAUGGGUGGAAGAAUUAGAUAUUUCAAAACCAAUUGAUAAUUUUGAUGAACUCUUGCCUGAUCCAGCAUACAAGUGGGAAUUUGAAUUAGAUACCUUUCAAAAACAGGCUGUGUUAAAACUUGAAGAAAAAAGUAGUGUAUUUGUAGCAGCUCAUACAUCAGCUGGUAAAACUGUUAUAGCUGAAUAUGCUGUAGCUUUAGCUAAAAAACAUCAAUUAAGAUGUAUAUACACAUCUCCUAUUAAAGCAUUAUCUAAUCAAAAGUUUAGGGAUUUUAAAAAAAAAUUUGGAGAUGUUGGACUUAUUACAGGAGAUUUUCAAGUUAAGCCAGAAGCUCAGUGUUUAAUUGUAACUACAGAGAUUUUAUGUUCAAUGUUAUACAGUGACUCUGAUAAAAUUAAAGAGACUGAAUUUGUUGUACUAGAUGAAGUUCAUUAUGUUAAUGAUAGAGAUAGAGGACAUAUUUGGGAACAAAUAUUAAUCAUGCUCCCAAAACGAGUGAAAUUAGUUAUGUUAAGUGCAACUGUUACAAAUGUAAUUGAUUUUGCUGAUUGGAUUGGACGAACUCGUUCAUCAAAAAUUUAUGUUGUAUUUACAUUGUAUCGACCAGUACCUCUUGAACAUUAUCUAUAUGUGGGCUCAAAUACUUCAGUUGACUUUAAAGAAAAUAUGCAUCUAAUUAGAAAAGCUGACAGUGGUUUUCUUAUUCAAGGCUAUCGAAAAGCUUCAGAACAAUUUAAGAAAAUCCAAGAAACAAAAAAAUAUCAUGACUCUAAAAAUGUUAAAGACCAAAAACCUAAAUGGAUUAAUUUUUUAAAAUUUCUUGAUAAAAAUAGUAUGUUUCCAGCUGUGGUGUUUAUUUUAUCUAGAAAAAAAUGUGACAUGAUUGCUGAAUCUCUUAAAAAUUCAGUCAAUUUCUUAUUAACUAGUAAAGAAUCACAAGCUAAUGAAUAUUUUUUCAAUAAAGCAAUUCAGAAAUUAAAACCUGAAGAUCAAGCAUUACCACAGGUCGUUUUAAUGAAAGAACUGCUGUGUCAAGGAAUAGCAGUUCAUCACAGUGGUAUUUUACCAAUACUUAAAGAAAUUGUUGAAAUGCAAUUUCAACAGAGUUUAGUUAAAUGUCUAUUUGCCACUGAAACAUUUGCUAUUGGUAUAAACAUGCCAGCAAGGACUGUAGUAUUUGAAUCUAUUAGUAAGUUUGAUGGAAUAGAAAAAAGGAACUUAGCUCCUGCUGAAUACACUCAAAUGGCUGGAAGAGCUGGACGUCGUGGUCAUGAUAAAAGUGGUACAGUAAUUAUAAUGGCUACUGAACAGUUAAUAAAUGAUAGGGAACUGACUAAUAUGAUGCUAGGAAAAUCAGCCAAAUUAGAAUCUCAAUUUAAAGUUGGUUAUUCCAUUAUAUUGAAUAUGUUUAAAAAAAAAAAAUGUGACACAUUAGAAGCAAUUUUGGGAAGCAGCUUUAUUGAAGCUGCAAGAGCUAAAAAAAAAGAUGAAUAUACUGAAGAAUUAAAUCAUUUAAAAAUUAUAGAUGAAAAAGAUGAUUGGCAUCCAACAGGAAAACAAGAAUUAGCUGUAAAAGAAUUUUAUCUUGCUGCCAAGGCAUAUUUAGACUGCAGAAAAGAAGAUUGGGAUAAACUGUAUGCUGCAGCAGAUAAAAAGUUCAGUGAAAUUGGAAGAUUUGUCAUAAUAACUCAUCAGCAUUAUAUUGGUCAUUUAGCUAUUAUUAUAUCUUGCAAUGUAAAAAAAGUUCCAAGAGAAUUUCGGGUAUUAAUAUUAGAAAAUAAAAAAUUGGAGAUUGAUGAUGAAAAGCCAGAUUCAUGGUAUAAAUUUAUGUAUUUGUCACAGAAAAGGAAACUAAGUGAAAAAGCUUCUGAUAUAAUAUCUAAUAGUGAUCAUACUCUAUUAACCAUACCUUCUACUUCAAUUAUGGCUAUUACAAAAUUUUCUGAAAACUUUGAUGCCAAUUCAAUAAUAAAAAAUUGGGAAAUGAGACAAAAUGAACGUUUUAAAGAUGCUGCAGUUUCAACAUCAUGCCAACGUGCUGUUAAAAUUUUAUCUGAAAAUACCAUUAAUUUGAAUAGAUCAGAGAGUAACAACUCAAUAUUAAGCAUUUUAGAUCUAGGAAUUGAUUUAUUUGAUUUACAUAGAAUUAAACUACACUUACAUGCACUUGAAAAUCAAUUAUAUGACAUUGAUUUAAGUGAUAUUAUUGCAUUUGAAGAUAUUUUUGAAAAACUCUACAAAUAUCAAACUCGUAAAGAAAGGAUAACUGAAUUAGAACAUCAGACAUCAAGUAAAGCAUUACAACUUUACAAUGAAUAUAUAAAUAAAGUAGAAGUGCUUAAAGAACUUAAAUAUAUUGAUCCACGGAACGAAAUAACUACUCAAAAAGGAACAAUUGCUGCUACAAUGGGAUCACAUGAACUUCUUAUUACUGAAUUACUUUUAAGUAACAUGUUUGAAGAAAUGAAACCAGAAGAAAUAGCUGCAGUUCUUUCAUGUUUAGUUUGUGAAUCUAAAUCAGACUUUGACAUUGAAUCUAUUAAAGAAGAAAAUUUAAUUAAAGGAAUGGAUAUUAUCAAAGAAAAACAUAACGAAAUACAGAUUGUGGAGUCUAUGUAUUUGAGUAACUUUGAACGUAUUGAUCUCAACUUUAAUUUAGUCAAAGUACUACAUCUAUGGGCUCAAGAAAAGCCUUUUUCUGAAAUAAUGGAUGUAACCGAUAUUCAAGAGGGAAUUAUUGUUCGGUGUAUUGUUCAAUUAAAUGAAAUCUUAACAGUUAUCAAAAAUGCAGCAAAAACAAUUGGAACUAAUAAAAUUAGCGAAAAAAUGCAAAAUGUUCUGGAUAAAAUUAAAAGAGAUAUUGUAUUUACUCCUUCACUAUAUAUGGAAUAACAAAAUUAAACUUUUUCAAAUUAUCUUAUUUAAUAAUAUUUUGGACACAUUUUUAUAAUUAAAUUAAUAAAAAUUACUGUUGUCUGAAAAUAUUGUUAACAUUUUUUUAAAAUAAAGACUUAAAUUAUUUUGUUAUUUGAUAAUUGAUAGUUAUUCUCAAUAAUAUAUAUAAAUAAUAUGAAUAUGUAUUUUUUCUUCAAAUUGUAUAUAGUUUUUAAAUUUUUAUGAAAUUUUUUAUACUAAAUUACACAGUGAUUUUACCAUUUUAUACUUAGACGGAUAUAUAAAACAUUUUUUCGGGAAAUUGAUUGGACAUUUUUUUAAAUUCAAAUAUAAAUUUAAAAAACAUACUUUUUUAUGACUUUUUAUUUAGGCCAUAAAGUAUGUUAGAGAUGUGUCGUUCGCGAACGAACGGAUCGCAUUGAACGGGUCAAAAUAGUGAACGAAAUGAUUCAGAUCGCCGAACCGUAGUGAUCCGGAUCCCCCAAAAACUAAUUUUUUCCCGUAUAAAUCACACUGAACCGAUUUGAUCGCUUACCAAAUAUCAAUGAUAACAUGAUAACAUAUUCAUAUGUCAUUUGUUUAUACGACACAUCCCUAAUACGAAUCGCGAAUCAUACAUGCGAUUCGCGAAUCGAGAACCGCAAAAGAAUCAAAACUAUACUGAAUGUUCCGUUCAAUUGACUCAAAAUAUCUUUUAGAUCGCGAACGGGUCUUUGAACCGGAUCUUCUAGUUGACCUGAUUCGAAUGAAUCGGAUCACUUAGGUGAACCAUAAUUCCCAUCUCUAGAGUAUGUCAAAUUGCCUCCAUGGCUAAAAAAAUGUCAAUCAUUUUUAUAUCCCUCGAAAAUUUUUAUAGAGGCAUCCCUGGAUAGUAACGAAAUUAACGCAAAUAAAUUACACAUAUAUGAUUUUUUAGCUCCCCCUAAGGUUCUUAUAAGGAUAGGGUGAUCAAAGUUUUUGGUGAGCUAAAUAUAAUUUUUUCCUUUCCUAAAAAAGUUAUUUAACAAUAAAUACUACUUUUAAAAAAUUUUGGGGUGCUAAACCUGUCUUCUAUAUGCUUAUGAGACCUCUCCCUGUAAAGUGACAAUACUUCUGGCUUUGUUUAUGAUGUUAAAUGGCUUGUCAACAUUCUGGCAUCAGCAAAAAAAACUAAAAUGAUGCCUCUGUCCUAAUGAAUAAUCCACAGAUCUUACACCUAUUGUACUACAUUAAUUUUAGUAGUGUAUGUAAUAAAAAUAUGACAAAAUUUUAAGUUGGCCAUCCUGCUUAUUAUGAAACACUUUUUUAUAGUUUUGAGAUAACAUAAUACUAUUGAACGAGUACUACUAAAAAUAUGUGUAGAGUAUUAAUUCUUUAUCUAAAAAUCAACUAGAUAAGUGUUUAUUGAGUUGAGGCGCUGUUGACUAUACUGUUUACAAUACAACACUUCAGUUGCCAGUGUAGUUGUCUGUGGAUACAGCUGUGCGAUAUUCAAUUGUUUUAACUCUGUUUAAUUGUUUUAACCACCCAAAGUAAUGGGAAUGAUGAGAAUCUAUCAAUCUAAAUUAUCCUUAAAUUAUAGCAACUUAAAA